AUGAAAAAACACAGAUCAACACUUUUUGGCAUAGCUCUGUUAAUUACCAUCAUCUUGACAUUGUUGAUUAUUGACAGAACAACUGCAUCCACAAGUACAUGUAAUCGACCAGCUGAUCCUUCUGUAUCAGGUAUCAAACGAGGUGUAGUUGCCAAUGUAUUGGAAUAUGAUAACGUUGAAGACAAUGAUGAUUAUGAUGAAGUUUCGUCUCCAAAAGUUGUGAUCGAAGGAGAUGAUGACGAUAACUCAACUUUGCCUCUUGUAAUGGAUACACCUGGUAGUUCAAUUGAUACAAUGGGUGUUUUACGUGAAAUUCCUUCAUAUGUUCAAGAAAUUAUUGACAAGCAACCUGAAAUUUUCAAUAAUGUGACAGGUGCCACUAAUAAGAAUUUGAAACAUAGAAAAGAAUUUAUUGGAAAGAAGAGAACGCAUUGCGUUGCAUGUCGAUUAAAUUGUAUGAAUUUGGGAGUUUUUGCUGCAUGUGAAAGAAAGUAA